GACACUGAAAAAGAGACUUCUGUUGUAGAUUUACCGCAACACUGAAUUAAACUUGAAAUUCCAGAACAUGUAUUGCAGCGUGUAUCGGGAGAAGCUCGCGCGUGUUUAAUUUACCAUUUCCUUGCGCACGGCAGAGUUCGCGAGACCGCCACGUGUACGCAAAUCAGGUCCCAGACAAAUAAAAAAAUAUUGAAAUCACUCCUCUACUCAUUAGUAACACAGAAAAAGAAAACAGAAAAAACGACGGUACUCUCUCUUUUCUCACUCCUUCUUCCUCUCUGCUUCUGGCUUGCGCUCCUUCUUCUAACCCCCUCCCUCUGUACCUUUCCUUCUUUCUUUUUUCCUUUUAAUCAUUGUAGAAUCCAUUUCCAAUUUGAUGUUCUUCAAGCUGAAUUCGUGUACUGAUUCAAAAUUUGAUGUGUUUUUAUUUCUUGUUUAUACUUCAGAUUUUCAUAGAAGAGCAGAAGCCAUGGCUCCGAUGAGGAAGAAGAACUGUUCUGGGAGAUCUCAGCUCAGGCAUCGCCGGGUGCGUUUUCCCAUGUCUUCCUCUUUCUGUUUCAGGCAAGGGCUCUUUCUCCCACGCCUCCUUCCUUUCCCUGUUUCAGAAACCAGGGCAUCGUUGAUGAAGAAGAACCGUUCUAGGAAAUCCCAGCUGAGGCGAUUUCAGUCCGCGCUUGCACUUCGGAAUGACCUGCAAAGCCCCGAGGUGGAACUCGGGGUAGACCAAUGUAAUUGCACCAAACCCGAAGUCCUUCUUCAGUCCGCGCUUGCACUUCGGAAUGACCUGCAAAGCCCCGAGGUGGAACUCGGGGUAGACACUCCGAUGCUUAAGUCAGCAAUAAUCGGGGCUACCUU